AUGUUUCGGCUUCUUCGUACCUGUGGAUUGCGCACUGUUUCGCUGCUAAGUCAGCCACAUGCUUGGAGUUCCAAUGAUGCCGCGGCCGCAGUGAGUCACUCGUUGACAUCGGAACAUCUGUGGCGCUCAUUUUUCUACGUUCCUGGGAAUAAGGAAAAAAUGUUCCAGAAAAUAGCGCAAUUGCCCAGCAAGCUAUCUCCGACUGAGUUUGGUUCUCACAUUCCGGACUUGAUCGUCCUAGACUGUGAGGAUGCUGUCGGUUUGGACGAAAAAGUAUGUCCACGUGUUUUUUCGUCCUUAACUUGCUAUCUUGGUAAUUUUUCUGGAGCUGUUUUGCCGACAAAGUUGAAGAAUACUGGAUUAAUAAAGUGA